GCUCCCUGAGGUCUCAGGGGCUGGCUGUAGGGCUGGGUUACACCUCUGUCAUUCCUCCCCUAAGGUCCUGAACAGCACAAACGCACACACUCACAUAAACUCACCUUUUCUUUUCCCUGGGAAUCCACCAUCCUGGGCUGAGAAGCCAGGAGAGAGGGUGGCAAGGUGUGGAGGAAGUUCGAGGAAUUGCUGGGACUUUUGAUUUUUGAGGAGAACAGAGCUAAUUGUGAUCCUUCGCCAUGGCUAGAUACUUCACCAUCCUCAAAAGCUGGGUUCUAUUGGAGAUGCUGUGCUUGGCCUUAGCUCAAGUGACAGCUCCAUCUGGACCCCAGGGCCCUGCUGGUCUGCCUGGUCCUGCUGGAACUCCUGGUGCUGACGGUAUUGAUGGUGAUACGGGUCCUCCUGGUCCACCUGGCCCAGCAGGUCAGAAAGGAGAACCUGGUGAGCCUGGGCCUGAUGGACCUCCAGGGGAGGAUGGUAUUGAUGGUUUGAUCGGGGCUAAGGGUGAUAGGGGCCCUCGUGGUAAUCCUGGACCAAAGGGUCGGCCAGGACCUACUGGGCCACCAGGACGAACUGGACCUGGAUUGCCUGGACUUCCUGGAGCACCAGGCCUCAUUGGGCUUCCUGGACAAAUUGGGCCUACUGGGCCAAAGGGCGUUAUGGGAAGUUCUGGACCUCCGGGAUUACCCGGACCGUCAGGCAAGCCUGGUCCGCCAGGAAAGUUUUUGGGCUUAGAGGAGGGCAGUGCUGACUUCCAGUGUCCAACCAACUGUCCACCUGGGCCAAAGGGUCCUCAGGGACUACAGGGAGUGAAGGGUCAUAAGGGUCGUGCUGGUGUAUUGGGAGAUGCAGGAAGCAUUGGAAAAUUGGGUUCAAAGGGUGAUGUCGGAAUCUCUGGGGAACAAGGAAUACCAGGCCCUCCAGGUCCACAAGGUCUAAGAGGGUAUCCAGGAAUGGUGGGGCCCAAAGGCGAGACGGGACCCCGUGGGUAUAAAGGCAUUACUGGACCAAUUGGCAUCCCUGGACGCCCUGGUGAGGAAGGACCCCAAGGACCACCUGGAGAGCCUGGUGAUAAAGGUGACAUGGGAGAACGUGGUAUAAGAGGGCCUCAAGGAGCGGUUGGAAAGAAGGGAGAGAAUGGUCUUCCAGGAAUUGAUGGAAAAGAUGGCACACCUGGCAUCCCAGGAAUAAAGGGCGCUUCAGGACAGAAUGGAAGACCAGGUGCUGCUGGUCACCAGGGGGAUCCAGGUUUGCCUGGAAUCCCAGGAGCCAAGGGUGAAUUGGGAGUUAAGGGUGAGCCAGGGCCCAGAGGCUUGAUGGGAAUGCAAGGUGCACCAGGACCUCAAGGAGAGCCUGGUCCUCCAGGUGAAGCUGGAAUGGAGGGAGUCCCAGGGCCAAAGGGUGACAGGGGAGAAAGAGGACCAGUUGGGCCUUCUGGUAUUGUUGGCUUCUCUGGGAGUAAGGGAGAAAGGGGGCCUAUGGGUUUGCCAGGGGCUCAGGGUCUACCUGGAACGAAGGGUGACAAGGGAUUUCAAGGCAAAGUAGGAGCAAAGGGAGACAUUGGUGAUCCUGGUGUAGAGGGAUUGGCUGGAGAGAAAGGAGAGCAGGGACAGUCUGGUGAGCCUGGCCCCAAGGGACAGCAAGGUGUGACAGGUGAUCAAGGGAGAAAUGGCCCCACUGGAGAUCCUGGUAAACCAGGAGACCAGGGUCCAGCAGGCCUACCUGGCCCACGUGGCCUUUCUGGAGAAAGAGGCAUUCCAGGGAUGCCUGGAAUACAGGGAACGGCUGGUCGUGAUUUUUCAGAUCAGCACAUCAUUGACGUUGUCCUGAAGAUGCUUCAAGAAAGGUUAGCUGCUGUUGCGGUUAGUGCUAAGAGAGAGGUGCUGGGCGGAGCAGGUGUAAUGGGUCCUCCAGGUCCUCCAGGACCACCAGGUUCUCCUGGACCUCAGGGUCCUCAUGGACUAACUGGCGCCCGUGGCAUUCCUGGCAUAAUCGGGGGCCCAGGCCAGAUAGGCAACACUGGCCUUAAGGGGAAGAGGGGUGCAAAGGGAGAGAGAGGAGAUCCUGGUCGACCACACCCAGGCCAACCAGGACCACCUGGACUGCAAGGUCCUCCAGGUCUUGAUGGUGUUGCCCAUGACGGUAGGCCAGGCGAGAGAGGACCACAGGGUGCUGCAGGUGAGGCGGGUCAUCCUGGCAAUGCAGGUCCUCAUGGUCUCCCUGGAUAUUGUGAAGCAGCUGCAUGUUUGGCAGCCUCUGCCUACACUUCUCCUAGACUACAAGAGGCUGGCACUGUGAAGGGCCCAUCCACUUAAAUCAAGCCCUCUACUGGGGCAUAAGAACAUCUGGGAGAA